AUGGCAACUUUAAAUGAAAAAAAGACCUGCAGCGAACGGAUGGAAAAUUUUCGUCGAUUUGUCUGGAAUCCAGAAACAAAGCUCUUUAUGGGAAGGACCUUAAUUAACUGGGUGUGGAUCAGCCUGUACUACCUGGCUUUCUAUGUGGUGAUGUCAGGGCUGUUCGCGCUCUCCAUUUAUUCUUUAAUGAGGACAGUGAAUCCGUACGAGCCGGAUUACCAAGACCAGCUGAAAUCCCCAGGUGUAACGUUACGACCCGACGUUUAUGGGGAUAGAGGACUACAAAUUUAUUACAACAUGUCCGACAACAAAACCUGGGAAGGUUUAGUGACAACUCUUCGGACUUUUCUGACAGCAUAUACGCCAGCUGCUCAGCGCCUGAACAUCAACUGCACCAGCGACACGUACUUCAUCCAGGACACCUUUGAUGGCCCAAAUAAAACAAAACUCUCCUGCAAAUUUACCUCAGAUAUGCUUCAGAACUGCUCUGGCAUCACAGAUCCUACUUUUGGAUUUCCAGAAGGACAACCCUGUUUUAUCAUAAAAAUGAACAGGAUUAUCAAAUUUCUCCCUGGCAAUGGCACUGCGCCAAGAGUGGACUGCACAUACGUGGAACAACCAAAAAAAAAGCUUUCUCGCCCGCUGGAGGUGGACUACUACCCCCUGAACGGGACCUUCAACCUGCACUACUUCCCCUACUACGGAAAAAAGGCACAGCCCAGCUACAGCAAUCCUUUGGUAGCUGUGAAAUUUCUCAACAUCACAAGGAACGUCGAACUUAAAAUAGUGUGCAAAAUCAUUGGAGCUGGAAUUACCUUUGAUAACGUUCAUGAUCCGUAUGAAGGAAAAGUGGAAUUUAAAUUGAAAAUAGAAGACUGA